AUGAACAAGCUUCGUUCCGUCGUUUCAAAGAAGAAGCAACGUUACCAAAAAGAAGGCUUUGAUUUGGAUCUCACCUAUAUCAGUGAUCGAGUCAUCAGUAUGGGUUUUCCAUCCACAGGUGCCGAAAGUCUCUACAGAAAUCCAUUGGAAGAAGUUCAAUCAUUUUUCCAAUCCAAACAUGAUGACCACUACAAGAUUUAUAAUUUAUGUGCUGAGAAGAAUUAUGAUCCGAGUGUUUUUUCGAAUCGAGUGGCUAGAUUUCCUUUUGAAGAUCACAAUGCACCACACUUUUCAUUGAUAUUAGAUUUUUGUGAAGAUGCUUCUCGCUACUUGAUGGAAGAUAAACGAAAUACUUGUGCGGUGCACUGCAAAGCCGGAAAAGGAAGAACGGGUACAAUGGUUUCAGCUCUCAUGCUCUAUUUAAAUGCUGCCAGUUCAGCGAGUGAAGCAACGGAAUUAUUUGGUAGAAUUAGAUGUAAUGACUCUAAAGGUGUCACCAUUCCGAGUCAGAGAAGAUAUGUGACAUACUUUGAGGAAUGUGUGAUUCGGAAAGGAAUGCGAUUCCCAGUGAAGGAUGCAAAAGUAGUAUUGAAAGCAGUUCACAUGAGUUCUGUACCUCACUUUGAUCGAGAUGAGGGAAGUGAUCCAUAUUUUAUUAUUCAUCAACCCAUCUAUAACAGAGAAGAUUUGGACAAUUAUCAUAUGGAAAAAUUGUAUGAUUAUUCGCAAAAUGAAAAAAUCAAACACUACAAGAAGGGAGAAGAAGUAUGGCUCAAGAACAUCAAUGUUGAAAUGGCAGGAGAUUUUAGGAUUACUUUCUAUGACAUGGACAAAGUCGGAAAGGAUGACAAAAUGUUUGUGUGUUGGUUAAAUACCAAUUUCCUUCAUCUUCAUCAACCUUACAAUACUUCUUCUCCAAAUUCAAUUCCACACAAAAAGAUGCUUGGACCUAAUGACAUUGUGGUACGAGUUCCUAAAGUGGAAUUAGACAAAGCUGUCAAAGACAAGAAACACCAAGCAUUUGAUGCUGAUUUCUUCAUUGAUUUGAUAUUUGAGGUGAAAGAACCAACCGUUUAUUCUGAACCUCGUAAAUUUGUCUAUGACUCACCAGAAGUUGGAAAGGCCUUAUUUGGCGAAAUUCAACAAUAUGCUAAAACUGAAGCAUCCAGCAAGGAAAAGGAAAAAGCAAGAAAACAAUACGAACAAGGAAGAGAAUUCUUUUCCAUCAAACAAUAUGCCAAUGCCGUGACAUGUUUUUCAAAUGCUAUUUUAAUUGAUGGUACUUUUGAAGAAGCGUACAUGUCAAGAGGUUUGGCCAACAUGAAUCUGAAACGUUUUGGUGAGGCCAUUUAUGAUUUCACAUCCGUCUUGAAUAUUUUAUCGAAAGGAACGACAAGUUUAGGAGAAGACCUUCCCAUUCAAGAUUCCAUCAUGAUCACAUUAAGAGCAUACCAUUCACGUGGUAAAUGUCAUGCCAAAAUGCAAGAUUAUGAAGCUGCUCUGAAAGAUUUUGACAGUGCUGCUUCCAUUCUUGGACACGCUCAACAAUUGGGAAGUGAAGCAUCUUCAAAUGCCAAUGGAUCCACUCCUUUUUUAGAUUCUCUCUAUCAAUCAUUCUUUAGAGUCUAUUUGGAUCGAGGUCUCAUUAAUGAUUCACUUCAAAAGUAUUCCGAUUGCAUUAUUGAUUAUACAAACUUUAUCAAAUAUAUGGAUCCUUUGAGUCAUUCACUUCAUGCCAAAUUAAGAGAAGGAAAAAUCAGUGGUGUGAAAUAUGAACAAUAUUUAUUUGAAAUGUUCCAAGCAUUUUGCAAUAAGGCCAUUGCGAUUGGAAAAAUUGAGGACUAUCCCAACAAGGAUGCACAAAUAUUUAAUGAUUUAUCCAAAGCCAUUGAAUAUAUUGAAAAGAUGUCUGAUCCUGCAGCCAGUUCAGAAGCUCAAAAUUUUGCUCAAGUUUAUUUAUCAAGAGCUCAGAGACAAACCGAUAAGGAAGCUGCCAUUAAUGACUAUUUAAAGUGUUUACUCUAUGACAAGAAUAAUAAGAAGGCAAACAAACAAUUGGCUGUAUUAUUAUAUGAACAAAAGAAUUAUCGAAGAGCCAUUCUCUUCUUUAACAAACUCAUUAAGGAUGAUCCUCAAAAUUCAAAAACCAUCACCAAUCGAGCCAUUUGUUACAUGAAAUUGGAACAAUACGAUAAGGCCAUUGAAGAUUUCAUGCUUGCCCAAAACAUCUCUCCAGAGAACAUGAAUCUCUAUGUUCAAUGUGCUCGAUGUUUCAGAAAGAAACAUGAAAUUGCUCAAGAAGGUGGAAGUAGCACUCAAAUUCCACAAUCUGAAAUUGAUGAAUGUGAACGACAAUAUUCCACAGUCAUUGAUCAUAUUGUCAAGCAAAAGAAGAAAGCUGGAGAUUCAGCACUGUCACCUUCUUCGUCUUCAUCAUCUCCUUCCACUCCUUCUUCAUCUGCAGUAAUGAAAGAUGAUGAUUUAAAAACUCUCUAUUUUGAAAGAGGAAUGAAUCGACUUGUUGCUAAGAGAUUUGACAAUGCACUUCUCGAUUUUAGUUUAUGUUUAGAAUUGGAUCCUAAUCAUGUAUUGGCUCUCUAUCAACGAGCAUACACUCGUCAAAAACAUUUCAAACAAUACGAUCGAGCCAUUACAGACUAUGAACAUGUAUUGAGUUUAAAUAGUGGAGAUUUAAGAGCUCGUCUCGAAAAGGGAUGUUGUUUGUAUUAUUUAAAGAAGGACCAAGAGGCCAUGAUGGAAUGGCAAAUGGUGUUAAAGAAAGACCCAAACAAUGAGGCUGCCAAGAUUUAUCUCGCUCAAUUAAUGAAGUAA